AGCAACAGCUGCUGAUACUGCUGGGUGAGCUUGUGACAGAUAGGAAGGGUUAGGUGCAUUGUUUUCAGCUUACAGCUCAGCCUUGCCAUUUACAGUGUGGUGCGGCUACACGAAGAGACAGGUCGCCAUUCCUGGAGCUUCUCAGGCUCUAGUUGUAAUGGAUCGUUUUAGAAAGUGAUAAACGGAAAUAUUACUGCAAAAGUUUUUAAUAAUACUCAAAUUGGGUGUCGUCGCGGCGGCGGUGGAACUUUGACAUUAACAGGUGUGCAGAUGGGUCAGGUGCUGUGGAGAGUGGCUAGAAACCAGCAGUUUCAGCAAGAAGACAGUGAGCAGGGCUACCUUCUAAGGGAGUGUGGGAGAAGGACGGCUGCAACUGCUGAUAAUGUGAACCACCACAGACAGGGCCAGGGCGGAAUAGAGGUCUACCAGUUGUUGAAAGCUAGGAAAUCCAAGGAGGAGCAAGGGUUCAUUGACUUAGAAAUGCUUCCGCCUGAGUUGAGCAUUACUAUCCUGUCUUACCUGAAUGCAACUGACCUCUGCCUGGCAUCAUGUGUCUGGCAGGACCUAGGUAAAGACGAGUACCUGUGGCAAGGACAGUGCAAGUCCACAUGGGGUCAUUGUUCCAUAUACAAUAGGAGAUUGCCAUCUGAGUUCUCCUACAGAAAACUCUACAUGCAGCUAGAUGAGGGCAGUCUUACUUUCAACGGCAACCCUAAUGAGGGAAUUGAGUACUUUAUGUCAAAGGGUAUUCUGAAUGACCACCCAAAGGAACUUGCUAAGUUUAUAUUCUACACAAGAACACUAAAUUGGAAGAUGUUAAGGAUAUAUCUUGAUGAAAGGAGGGAUGUCCUGGAUGAGCUUGUAACUCUUCACAACUUUAGCAACCAGUUCUUGCCCAAUGCACUGCGAGAGUUUUUCCGGCACAUUCACGCACCAGAGGAGCGUGGCGAGUACCUUGAGACUCUCAUUACUAAAUUCUCACACCGCUUCUGUGCAUGCAACCCUGCUUUGGUGAGGGAGGUUGGUCUAAGUCCAGAUGCAGUCAAUGUACUUUGCUACUCCCUGAUUCUGCUGUCCAUCGACCUGUCCAGCCCACAUGUCAAAAACAAAAUGUCAAAGCGAGAGUUCAUUCGAAACACUCGCCGUGCUGCUCAGAACAUCAGUGAGGAUUUUGUGGGGCACCUCUACGACAACAUUUACCUUAUCGGCCAUGUGGCUGGUCCAUAGAACAAAACAUUGCACUUAACAGUUGCACAAAAAGCAGCAAAUGCACAUAAAAAUAUAAUCAUGCUAUUGACAAGGGGUUAUGUUAGUGCUGGUCAUUCUAACCUCUAUAAUACAAUUAUUAAGUCUUUACCAUGCUAGCUGCUGUAUGAUAGCUGAAUGAUUGUGUGAAGGUCACUACUUCUGUGUAUUUCUAUUUAUCAUGGUUUGCACAUAGUGGUGCCAAUAGACAGCAUUGAAAAAACAGUAAUAUCUAUAACACUAACUUGUUAAGUUUGGGCAAGAAAGUGGUCAUUGUGGUAAUGGGGUUUCUUAAAUUAAGUUAAAUUAAACCCUAACUUUUUUUUUUUUUUUAAUUGCAUUUAAUGUGUAAAUAUAUAACGAGAGCUUUAUAAACAUAUCAUUAUUUUAUUGU